CCUUGAUCCCCUUCUAGGGCGGACUCUCAGCUAUCAACAAAACAAAGGAGGAGAAGGCGAGUGGUGGAAACUGGGCUGGUCGAUCACUGGUCUAUCAAGAAGCCCAUCUUCUCCACUUUCGUCCUUAUCUCCUGCACCACCGCGUCAGACCAUCGAAAACACUGUCAGAUUCCGCCGCUGGGCUUUUGUUGACCACUCUUCUUCUUUUCUUGUCUGGCCAUGUCCGUCCUGGCCGCGUCCUCUUUGCCUUCCAUACGUGCGGUAUCUCGCCGGGCAUGGAUGCCAUCAAAAUCCCGUCACCUUCUGCUAUUCUAGACCCGCCCCCUCCACAGACUGCCGUUAGGCCCAGUGCGAAUACACAGAAAAACAGAUCAAGCCCCGUAAAGAAGUCAUCGGGGAGAGAACUGCCCCCAGACAGGACCCAGCGUCCGAAACAGUCUAAAAGCAGAAACGGGUGUACUACUUGUAAAGCAAAACGAUUAAAAUGUGACGAGACUAAGCCGAGCUGUCAGCAGUGCCAUCGGCGGAAUGUAACAUGCGGUGGUUACAAGAAAGACUUCAAAUGGCGCCCGUUUGAAGAGACAAUGGCCACAGCCAAAACCACCACUAAAAAGAAAGCAUCCCCUCCACUGGAUUCUGAGCCAUAUGAGAGCUCUUCACCGCCACCUCGCAAGGCAGCUAGAAGGACUUCGGUCCCUAUUCUGCCAAUAAACACCUCGACUGGGCAUGAUUUCGCGUUUUCACCAACGAGAAGCUCUUUCCCUGAUGAUGAUUCUUUUCUGAAUACACCGCUCAGUACUAGUUCGACAUCGCUCAUGAACCAAACACCAUCGAUUGCCUUUUGUGAAGAUUUACUUGAGACAUUCAAUGUUCCUCCAAUUCCUGAACCCCCUGAGAUGGAAUUUUCUGGCUUUAUUCUGUCAGACUCGGAAUUGGAUACAGUAUCUCACUCUCUACCAAUUGAGCUGGAACAUCCUGGAAUGAACACAAGCGUAAUCAAUGAUGCACCAAGCUUCUCAUCAAUGCUGGAAGAUGAAACUGAUGAAGUCGAAGAUAUAAUCCGCCAAUCAGAAACAGACAUCCAGCUAUGGCCAGUUCAAGAAUCCCCUCCCCUUUCGACCAUGGGGCCUAUGUCGAAUCUUUCAGAUAUGGCCAAGCUUGUGCACCAGCCAGACCAUCCUUUAGGAAGUUAUGAAGGGCUUAUACUUCGCUUCGACAGAUUAACGUGUGGAAUUCUUUCAGUGAAAGAUGGAUUGACAGAAAAUCCGUGGCGGACUUACAUCUGGCCGAUGGCGAAAGACUCUCCUGCCCUAUGGCAUGCCGUUUUUGCCAUGGCCGCUUUUCAUUCUUCAAAAGAAAAUCCGGCUAUGCGAGUUUUUGGAAUGGAUCACAUGCGCAAGAGUAUCAAUUGCAUGGUUCAAGGUAUGGUGCAAAUGCAAACAGAUGCAGCCCUAGCGACUACAUUAUCACUCGCAUUUGCAGAGUCAUGGGACCAACACACUUCGACGGGUAUCUUACACCUCAAAGGCGCCAAAGCACUGAUGCGCCAGACCUUACGGAGCAAAAUGCGACGUAAUACGCCGAUUGAUGAGCUCACAAGACUUCAGUUCUUGUAUAACACGUGGUUAUAUAUGGAUGUCAUUGCACGGCUGACUGCGAUGGAUGACGGUGACCAAGAGGAUCUGGGCAGUAUACCGUUUGCAACACCUGCGAAUGGAAUUCACGACGUUGAUCCUCUAAUGGGCUGCGCGACUACACUAUUUCCUUUGAUUGGUCAAGUCGCUAAUCUUAUCCAGCGAGUGAGAAAGAGUGAGAAAACUUCUUUCGUGAUGAUAUCUCAGGCUAGGGAAUUAAAGAACGCAAUUGAGCAAUGGGAUUUACCCAGUCACUUUAAUCCUCCAGAAGACCCUAACUCUGAACUUCAAGACAGUAUUCAGACGGCAUAUGCAUAUAGAUGGGCAACCCUUCUGUAUCUUCACCAAGCUGUACCGGAAAUACCAUCCCCUUCAUCCGCAAUACUUGCGGAUAAGACAUUGAAGUUCUUAGCUACUGUUCCUCUGACUUCCCGGACUAACAUUGUUCAUAUAUUUCCUUUGUUUGCUGCGAGCUGUGAGUUUGAAAACGAAGAAGACCGUGGCUGGAUCUUGGACCGAUGGGAAGCUAUGCAGAAUCGUUUGCGAAUUGGCAACAUUGAUCGUUGUAUCGAUAUUAUUCGUGAGGUUUGGCGGAGACGUGACUCACAUAACGCGGAAAGAGAGAAAAAUACUUCUGUCAUUCGAAGGGAAUCGGUAGGAUCGCCUGUAAAUCCAAUGCAACCACAUUCCAUGCAUGGUUCUUCCGGCCAGAAUACAAUAUUUUCUCGGGUGAACCUUACAGGUGCUACAAAUUUGAGAGGAGUUUCUACAUUUUCUACCGUCGAAGAACUUGACUUUGAACAGACAGUACGAGGAAGGCAACAUUGGGUUGGUGUAAUGAAGGACUGGAAUUGGGAAGGUAAGACUAGCUCUCUCGUCAAUUGAUCUAUCACUAAGGCGGAGUUUGUAGUGC